AUGCCGAGAGACCAUUGUGGCGCUAUGACACAUGAUAAGAAGUCAUGCGUCGAGAGGCCACGUAAAAUGGGAGCUAAGUGGACCGGCAAAAGUAUUGCCCCCGAUGAGAAGAUAGAGAACUUUGAGCUCGAUUAUGAUGGGAAGAGAGACCGUUGGAAUGGAUAUGAUGCUGCUUCUUAUAAACACGUAAUUCAAAUGUAUGAAGCCAGGGAUGAAGCAAGAAACAAAUAUUUGAAGGAACAACAGCUCAAAAAGCUGGAAGAGAAAAAUGGUAAUCAAAAUAACGAAGAUGGGGUCAGUGAUGAUGAAGACAAUGAGGAUUCUCUGAAGAUCGAUGAGGCUAAAGUUGAUGAGAGCAAGCAAAUGGACUUUGCAAAGGUUGAAAAGCGUGUGCGUACAACUGGUGGUGGUAGCACUGGAACUGUUUUGCAAUGUACUUUUACAGAAUUAACGAUUGCAUGUACAUCUCACGAUUCAUCUUAUCUNUUGCGUAUUCGAGAGGAUACUGCCAAAUACCUACUUAAUCUUGAUGUUAACUCUGCCCACUAUGACCCAAAGACCCGUUCAAUGCGUGAGGACCCUCUCCCAGAUAUGGAUCCAAAUGAGAAAUUCUACGCCGGUGAUAACCAAAACAGAGUUAGUGGCCAAGCUUUGGAAUUUAAGCAGCUCAAUAUUCAUGCUUGGGAAGCAUUUGACAAGGGACAUGAUGUCCACAUGCAAGCUGCUCCGUCACAAGCCGAAUUGCUUUAUAAGAACUUCAAGAUUAAUAAGGAGAAGUUGAAGUCUCAAACUAAAGACAAAAUCAUGGAGAAGUAUGGUAAUGCUGCCACUGAUGAAGUACUUCCUCGUGAACUCUUACUGGGACAAAGUGAGAGGGAAGUUGAAUAUGACAGAGCUGGUAGAAUCAUAAAAGGCCAGGCAUUUGACUGUAGUGAGCUAUAUCAGGAGAUGUCACUCCCAAAGAGCAAAUACGAAGAAGAUGUUUAUAUCAACAAUCAUACAAGCGUGUGGGGCUCGUGGUGGAAGGAUCAUCAGUGGGGUUACAAGUGUUGCCAACAGACGGUUAAGAACAGCUACUGUACAGGUGUUGCUGGUAUUGAGGCUGCUGAAGCCUCAGCAGAUCUCAUGAAAGCAAAUAUUGCACGUAAAGAAGCUGCUGAAGAAUCAUCUGUACCGACUGAAGAGAGAAGGAUGGCAACUUGGGGAUCCGAAGUGCCUGAUGAUUUGGUUUUGGACAAGAAGAAAUUGGCCGAAGCCCUUGAGAAGGAGGAUGAGAGGAGGAGAGAAGAACGGGACGAAAGGAAGAGAAAAUACAAUGUGAAGUGGAAUGACGAGGUAACACCUGAAGAUAUGGAAGCCUAUAGAAUGAAGAGGGUCCAUCAUGAUGACCCAAUGAAAGACUUCUUGCACUGA